AUGGCACCGCCUACCUACGGAGAUUUAGGAAAGCAGGCCCGAGACAUCUUCUCGAAGAACUACCACGUUGGCGCUGUCAAGCUCGACUUGAAGACCAAAACGUCGAGCAAUGUGGAGUUUGCCGUUGCCGGCACCUCCAUCAACGACACCGGUCGUGUGAACGCUUCCUUCGAGACUAAGUACCUCUUCAAGGACUGGGGCUGCACGCUGAAGGAGAAGUGGACCACGGACAACACCAUCCUCACUGAGGUCUCCUUCCAGGACCAGCUGGUGAAGGGCUCGAAAAUCCUCGUGAACGCCAACAUCGCUCCCCAGUCCGGCAAGAAGACUGGCGCCGUCAAGACCUCGCUCAAGGGCGAGUGCUUCAACACCAACGUCGACUUUGACUUUGACUCUCUCAACAACGGAACUGUUAUCAACGGCUCGCUUGUGCUGGGUCAUCAAGGUUGGCUCGCUGGUGCCAAUCUUUCGUUCAACCCGCAGCAGGGCAAGCUGAACAAGACCAACUUUGCUCUUGGCUAUCAAGAUAAGGACAUCCAAGUGCACACUAAUGUGAGCGACGGCAAGGAGUUCCUCGGCUCGCUGUACCAGAAGAUUAACAAGAAUCUGGAUGGCGCCAUCAGUGUCUCCUGCACUACCGGCAACAGCACUCCCAUCUUUAGCCUGGGCGGCCUCUACCGAAUGGACGAGGAGACACAGAUCAAGGCUCGCAUCAACAACAAGAACAUGAUUGGCCUUGCCUUUGUACGCACACUUCGCCCUGGCAUUGCCUUCACCCUCAAUGCAAUUAUUGACGGCAAGAACUUCAACCAAGGUGGCCACAAGCUGGGCAUGGGCAUUGACCUUGAGGCUUAA